AUGAAUAAAAAUAAAAGCAAAAAUACAAGCGCCACAAUACGAAAGAAGCUCCAAGAACGAGCCCAGGAGGGGCGAAAAAAUGACAACAAAAUUCACAACCAAGUUCACAAGUUGAUAAAUAAAGAAAUAAUAGUCGAUUAUGACACUAAUGAAAAGGUGAAUGCGAAAUAUAUUUUGAAUAAAUAUUUAAAUAUAAUUACCCAUUUGACCAAGGAAAAUAUAAAUUUAAAAAAAAUCAUAGAAAAAUUAAAACUACAAAAUGACAAAAAUGAAAGUACACUCAGUAAAUACGAACAUGAGUUGAAAACAAAAAAUGACAUCAUCAGGAAAAUAACGAAUAAAUAUGGCGCACAUAUUUUGGGCGAAGAUUUUAAUGGGUGUAAUGUCCCUGAUGAGGAGGUACAGGGAAGACACCCCAUUAUUCAGGAAGACAUGACCGUGCUGAAAAGGGUUAAUACGAGCUUGCCAAUUGGGGGAGGAACAAAUUAUUUUCCCCAUGGUGGGGAAAAUGAUCAAAUAGGAUACUCCUCAAACUGUUGUAGUGUCAUCAACGCGGGGGCUAAUACACAGGGGGGAAACAAAAUUGGGGGGUUCACAACGGGGAACUCGCCAUCCAGUCGUAAGGUCAAUCACCAGAGUGACCAUGCAGAAGGGGUAAACCGCACCAAUAAAAUGACAGUUCCAAACAUGUGUCAAGACAAAAACGUUCCGCAUGAAGACGCAAACAGAACUAUGCUUGGUGAAAAAAGAGGGUUAACAAAUUUGACCAACUACAGGGAUAAAUUCACAUGGCAAGAAAAAACAAUAAAAAAUGAAAUACCACUUUUUAAGGCAAAAAAUUCAAAUCUGUACUUACACGGACAGAGCAAAUUACAAAAUAAUGAUAACUGCCUUGAUGAAUUGAAUUGCCUCAUAAAUAGCCCCCCCAGUGAUGCCCACCUUAGCGACGUUAAAAUUGUCCCACAUGGAGGAAGACGCCUUGAGGAAAUUGAAAGGUAUCAUAAAAAAUGCCAGGAAGAAUAUAAAAAUGUACAUACCCCAAGUAAUUUUAUCGAUAAAGCAAACAGUUUAAUCAGCGUCCUCACAGAAAGGAACAUGUGUUCAAGUGCCACUCAGGAGAAAAACCCAAUUGGGAAUGCUCCACCAUACUUGUGUGACGAUUUGUUAAAAAUGAGAAGUUUCCCUACAAUGAGAAGUGAUGAUCAUGAGGAAGAAAGGUCUGAAGAUAAAUAUAGCAAACGGGACGAGUUACUUUCCAGCGGGGAAGAAAAACAAGCUGGUUGUACGGAUAGAACGGUGGACGUGCAUGCGGAUCGUAUGCCUGCUGGCAGUCCCCACAAUGUGCCUGUUGUGAGUAAAAUGGCCACUGCGGUCAUGCAAAGGGAUAGCGAAGAAGAGGCAAACCAUGACACGUUUCAGACCCAAAUGGAUGCUGAAGUUGCGAAUGCGAAGCGCGAAAAUUGUAACGUGGAGAAUUCGAGUCCACCUGAUAAGAAAGGUGUUCACGACGAUCUGGAGGAUGACAAUUAUGAGGACCUGGAAAAUAUUAUGUUUACAAUAUUGAAGCUGAGGAAAAAAGGGGUAGCAAAAAUGGGUAGCUAA